AUGGCGCCAUCUGUCAUCACUGGAAGUUGCCUCUGCGGGCACAUUCGAUAUGAAGUUUCUAGGGCUCCGGUAACCACUCUUCUGUGUCACUGUGAUAAUUGUCGCAAAUGCACCGGUUCUAGCUUCAUGGCAAACAGUUUCUACAGCAAAGAACAACUACGUAUUAUCGCUGGAGAAGAUGUUCUCAAAGUCUACGAGGACAAGAACCAGGAAUCAGGCAGAGUUCUCUCCCGGUCUUUCUGUUCCAACUGUGGUUCGCCUUUGUUCACCACCAGUCAAGGAAUCCCCGAAGGCGAAAAUGCAGUGGCCAUAACUUCGGGCACAAUGGAUCUAGAGCCUUCUAAAAGCGAGUGGACGCCUCUUCAGGAAUUUUUUUGUCAAAAGCGGAGGGGGUGGCUGCCAUCCUUGGAAGGGACGAUCACCCAUGAUACUGUGCCUCAGGUCUUGUAG